AUGGAAAAGGAAGGCAUCGACGUUGACAAACACGACUUCCAUCGUGAGGAUGACGAGGCAUCCUUGAAUGACAAAGACAAGGAAGAGGUUGCUGGUUCAUCGAAUGAUGUGGAGCAGACAUCAGCGAAGCUUGAAGAGCAGGGAAAGGCUCCUUGUGCGUCAACGGCUAUAGACAUGAACAUGUUAUUGGGUGCCAUAUCACAGAUAUCAUCCCAGCUGCAAGUGCAGGAAACACCUGCGUUCAUGAAAGCGCGUGGCUUAACCGAUAAUAUCGAAGGAAAUAGACCUGAAGCUGAUGCUUCUGCAGAUGCAAAAAAUGCUUUUGAGCGAAAUGAAGGAAGGGCCAUGAAUGCUAUUUUUCAAUCACUGGAUUCAGAACAUGCGAACCUCGUGCUGGCAUGUAAAACAACAAAGGACAUGAUGAUCAAAUUAAACAGUGUUUAUGAAAAGAUCUCAGAAAUCCGCGUUAUGACCUUGUAUGAAGAAUAUUUUUCACUAAAAAUGAAAAAAGAUGAAUCAGUGGCCGGGUAUGUAGCCAAAGCAAAUCAGUUAGCAUCUGAAAUUGAAAAGCAAGGAGAAAAAUUGUCCGAAAAGUUAAAGAUGCGAAUAAAUGAUGAACAAUGUGCAACAGAAGAUGCUGCUUUUGCUGCGAAGUUUAAACGAAAUGAAUUCAAAAGUGAAUCAAAGCCAAGUAUCGAUGAGUUGAAAAGGAAAACCAAAUGCAACGCUUGCGGUCAAAUAGGGCAUUGGGCGAAAGAUAAAAAAUGUCCAAAGUCUAAAAAUUCAUCCAGUAUAAAUAAAAGCAAAAAACGUGCAAGUAGCAAAGACAAUAAAAGUUUGAAAGACAGAGAUGAGUUAGCAUGGUCUACGGUUGUGCGUGCAAACAAAUACGACGAUUCAAAAUCCAACUAUUGGUGUGUUGAUUCGGGUGCAACGAGUCAUAUGACUUAUCGUCGUGAAUGGUUCUCGGAAUUGAGAGAAUAUGGCGGUCAAGUGAAGUUGGCCGAUCGCCGUCAUGUCGAAAUACGAGGCAUUGGUACAGUUCUUAUUGAUUCAUGA